GGGCAGUGUUGUCCACUUUAAACAUCGAAGAGCUUUACUUUAAGACAAAUACAGGCUUAAAGGAUACCUCUAAAUCUCUUUUUUUUUAUUAGUAAAAGAUUGUAAGGCGAUAUGCAGGCUUUUAGAAACUGUGGUGUGUGUGCUAGUGGGAGUCUUCUAAAAGGCCGGACCGACUUCCUGGUUGCCCGGAGAAACAUGGCAGUGCUGAGACGGACCGCCGCGUGCGUUCAACUUCUCAAGGACAAGGCCAAUGUGUUCUGCAGCAGCCCCGUUCAUCAGCGUCUCCUGCGCCUGCCGGAGGUCGCCAGAUCCAAUGCAGUCGCGUUCAGUGUCGGCAGCACCCUCUGUGCGGUUCCUUUUACACAGCAGGUUGAAAACCUCUCGCAUGAAUCUUUGAUUCGUCGGGCAUCUUGUCUGGUCACAGACAGUGCCAACACCUAUCUCUCUCAGACCACGCUGGCUCUUGUGGAUGCCCUCACACAGUAUGCCAAGGCACUACAUACACUCAUUGCCCUUCAGAAGCGAUACAUUACCUCAAUAGGAAAACUGACCCCUGCUGAAGAGGACAGCAUUUGGCAGGUGAUCAUUGGCCAGAGAGUAGAGGUUAGUGAUAGAUUGGAAGAAUGCAAACGCUUUGAGUCAAACUGGAUCAAUGCCAUCCACAUCUGUGAGUUGUCAGCAGAGGCAGCCUACAAUUCAGGGGCGGAGCAUGCAUGCACAGCAACAAAGACUAACCUGCAGGUGGCGCAGUCCAAAGUGGAGGAGAUUAGAAAGAUCUCAAAAGAAGCACAGAAAAAACUGGCUGAGACUAAAGCGGAAGAAAUCCAGAGAAUGGCUGAAUAUGCUUCUAGCAUUGACAUUAAUGACCUGGAAGAUAUUCCAGAGGCCUACCUUCGUGAGGACUAGAAAAACUAUGAAUGUUCUUGAGUUAGCAAUUCUGUAGCAAGCAGUGAAUCACUCACCGAGUAUGAAUGAAUCCAGAAUGCACCUUGAUAUGAAUUUGCAAUGAGUAUUAGAUAUGGAAUUUAAAGAUAUGGAAUUUAAUCAAUAUAUGUGUUCAUAACAAUAGAACAGGUAAAAGUCCAACAAAUGUUUAUAAAAUAACUUGUAUUACCUGUUAAAGAAAACCGAAAAACACAGCUUGUAAGAUCCAUAGAUUGCUUUGGAAAUAACAUUGAUUUGGUAUUUGUAUAUAUGUAUAUAUUUUUAUAUUGUUUAUUUUUUGAUGCAAUUACGUGCAUGUUAAUGCAACAUUGAAAUUGUAUCACAGGAUGUUGUGAUAUUACAAUGUAUAGUCCUACAAAGUUGCAAUCAAUCUGUUUUGUAUGUUUAAGAGAUUAACUGUUAUUUAUUAUCUUAAUAAAUGGAAAAAUUAUUCAGAACAA